AGGACCCCGCCUCCUUUAGACGCCUAUUGAUGCCAAGGGAAAUUCGAGCUCUCUGAUUGGCUGAAACGCGGAUCCGUGAGUCUGGCCGCUCCUACUGUGUCACCUGGGCAACUUCCGGAAGUCUGUAAGUGGAGGAACACCGGCCGGGGUGAAAAGGUAUGGCGUCGUACUUUGAUGAACAUAACUGUGAGCCCACAGUGCCGGAGGAGCAGUAUCGCCAGAAUGCCUUGUUAGAGCUGGCAAGGAGUCUCCUCAGUGGGAUGGAUAUUGAUCUUGGGCCCAUGGAUCUUACAGACUGGGACCACAGACUUCCUCCUCCAGCUUCCAAAAACAUUGUAGAAAAUUUGCCAAAAGUCAUUGUGACAGCAAAGCAGGCAGACGCUGCCCUCAAAUGUCCGGUGUGCUUGUUGGAGUUUGAGGAGGGAGAAACCGUUCGGCAGUUACCUUGUGAACACCUUUUUCAUUCAGCCUGCAUCCUGCCAUGGCUAGGGAAGACCAAUUCCUGCCCCCUCUGCAGAGAUGAGCUACCCACCGACAGCCCAGACUACGAGGAGUACAAACAGGAAAAGGCAAGAAGGAAGCAGAAGGAACACAGGCUAGAGUACCUGCAUGGUGCCAUGUAUACGUGACCCGGCCUUCUCUACCUCCUUGUGGGAUCUUGGCACACUUACACGCAUUCUGAGCCCCCAGCUGGAACAAGCUGCUGUACAUAUACAACCUGGAUAGAGCUCUAAAAGAGGCAUAUUGUUUUUAUAUGUGAAGUUUAUUUGUCAUCCUUCCAUGGUUUAUGGUAAUACAAGAUCUCUGUAAAUCAAA